AUGCUGCAAACAUUCAGAAGGCUUGCUGUGGAGAGCGCCAAGCGGGCCACCUCUCACCAUCACUCGGCAUCAUCAAAUCAUUAUUUAGUAUUUUCAUCAUCAUCAUCACAUGUAGCAUCCAUCUUGUUGAACGGUAGUAUUCAUCAUCAUCAGGGAGCUAAUUACCACAUCAAUAUACCAACCCGUGAUGAAAAUAGGAAAGAAGAUACUUUGGACGAAAGCAACGAAGACGAGAGCACAAUAACAGGCAAUGAAAAUGAAAUUUCAGACCGUAUUUUGAACAAAUUGAAACAAUACACGGGAACUACUGAGGACGUUGCUAUUGAUUUUGAUGUUGAAGAGGCACAACGCUUGGCUCAAGAGGAAUCAAACAAACGUACCUACAGAAGAGAAUAUGACUUGUUGUGGGAAGAGGAGAGAGAACCACCAUACUUUAGAAAUACUGUGCAAGGAAAGAAAAUUGCAGACAUUCCUUGUAUUUUUGACAUGAUUCCUUACUUUGCUGAUAGAAUUUCACCAGUCAUUACUAAACCAGAGUUGGAAGAAAUCAUGAAAAAGCCAAGAGAUGUCUAUAAUUAUUUGGUUGUGGAUGUUCGUUCUGCAUUCCGUGCUUUGGAUUACAUGAUUCCUGGAGCUGUGAAUAUUCCAUUCACAGAAAUCAAGGAAGGAAGUUUUGCAUUGAAAGCUGAAGCCUUCAACAAGAGAUAUAAUGCUCCAUUACCAGAAGAGUACACUAAUAUUAUUUGCUACAGUGACAAUCCUGCUGAGAGUGAGGCUGCAUGUCUCAUGUUACAAGAUAUGGGCUUCCAAAACACCAUUAACUAUAGAGGAGGUUGUAGCGAUUGGUUUGGUAACGAAUUCAAAGUAUUGUGGAGAAAGAAGAGAUUGCACAGACUUAGUGGAGAAAAGAUUGGUAAGAUGAUUGCACUUAAAGAAAAGACAAAGGAAAAACUCAACAAUCCUCCACAAAAGGAAUAA